AUGGUAUCGUUCGAUUGCGAUCCUGCGGUGAUUCUGGCGGCGAAAGAAAGACUAGAGCGCAACGCUAGCUCAGACCCUGCAGAUUAUUUGUGCCGAGUGUUCCUGUUUUGUCAGUCGAUAGAGGACGAUUCCGGGGAAUCCGAGUCUCUCGAGGCGCGCGUCACAGACGUUUGUGGAAACACAGGAUUGAUGAUUCGAUACGAGUCUUCCACGUUGCUCGUGCUAGAAAAUACAUCGAAAAAAAUUGACUGCGUGCUGAAGUCACUCAGGAGUUCUCACCGUUGGACGUCGUAUGUGUGUUCUUCGGAAGAGGGCGUCGAAAGAGUAUUCAGUGACCUGCAAACUGUCGUAGGCAGCGGCGAAGGAAAGAGCGCGAGCGAUCUCGAAAUCAAAGAUUAUGACGAAAGCGCAGUCGUCAACGCGAUCGCGCGCAUCACUUACGAGCUUCUCGAGAACGCAGAGCCGAAUACGGUGAAUAUGGACAAAUGUCUUACUCGCAUCGUCGCAAAUGCUAGGAAGUUUCUCUUCACGGUUCAUGAAUUUCUCGAUGAGUUUGACAUCAAAACUCACAUCUGCCGCGCUAUAGAAGCCGACGAGACACCGCAAAUGGAAAAUCUUAUCAUCGAAGACGAUACGAUCGCGGCACACCUCGUGAACUAG